UUUCAAAUUCCACAGCCAACGAACGACAAUGAUUAAUCAAUCAAGUUCUUCGUCUUCCACUUUUUCUGCUCAGUGUGGAUAAGAAGCUUUCUGCGUAAAAAUCAUUCUCUCCACCAAAAAAUUCCAUGGGGAAGAAUACUCAUUUUUCCAGCUUUUUAUUCUUUUUCUUGUUUCUCCCCUGCUUUCACGUUCAAGCCCAGACGUCAACUUACUCUGUACCUGAUCACUACUUCAUCAACUGUGGCUCGACCGGAAUCACGACGGUCAACCGCCGGAACUUCGUCGGCGACGUCAACCCCAAAUCUUUCACCUUGUCCGCACCUCAUUCCACUGUAGCCAUAAACCCAUCAACGAACUCAUCGGGAACACUUUAUGGAACUGCAAGAAUUUUCAGACAUCCAUCCUGGUACGAAUUCAAAAACAUAACCCCGAACAGCACCUACUUGGUACGCUUCCAUUUCUCUGCUUUCAAUUCUCAAGAUGGUGUUGAUCUUCACACUGCUAGAUUCAGCGUCUCUGCUUCCAAUUUCAAUCUUUUGUCCGACUUCCAACUUCGAAACAGCACCAACAACGCUUCUAUUAACUCACCAUUGAUUAAAGAAUUCCUCAUGAAUUUAAAUGCUGACAAGUUUCAGAUUAGAUUCACUCCUUCCGGCUCAUCAUCCCUGGCUUUUAUCAGUGCAAUCGAAGCAUUCCUGGCUCCUGAUGGAUUGAUUAAGAAUUCUUCCCGUUCUGUAGUUCUUAUGGGGUCUAGUAACAGUGUCUAUGAUGGUUUAAUCUCUAAUGCUCUGCAAGUAAUUCAUAGGAUUAACGUUGGGGGACAUCUAGUAACACCUGAUAAUGACACAGUGCUGAGAACUUGGGUUCCUGAUGAUGAUUAUAUGUACGUCCGAAAUGCCGCCGUUAAAGCGCCGUUCCGAAACGCAGGACCCCAGUAUGAACUGGGUUCAGUCACAAGAUUUGAUGCUCCUGAUCCUGUGUAUAAUUCAGCCAAAGUGCUCAACGUUAAUGGUAGUGUAUUACAAAAUAUUAAUGCCACUUGGUGUUUCGUUGUGAAUCGGAAUUCCAGGUUUCUAGUCCGGGCGCACUUCUGUGACGUCCUUGGUGUCGGCGUUUCAUCAAAUAUUUUGAAGUUUAAUCUCUUCAUCCAAAACUUCGUCCAGUUGAUUGAUCCGCACGGUUUGUUUACUGAUACGGCCGUUCCCUUCUACAUCGAUUUCGUAGUUAAUUCGGAUACCUCUGGUUUGAUGAACAUUAGUAUUGGCCCUAGGCCAGAUUCUUCAGAUAAUAAAACUGCUUUCCUUAAUGGUCUAGAGAUUAUGGAACUGAUUAGCAGCAGCUCAGGUUCCAUUUCAAAGACAAAUUUGGCAGUAAUUGUGGGUUCAGUCGUUGGAGGCGGCGUUCUAAUGAUUGUUUCCGCGGUUUUGUUGUGGUUUUAUUUGAUGAGUAGGAAAGCAAAUCCAGUUGACUCCCUUGAUGAGUGUGGACUUCUGAAAAUGAACAGGGGAACUUUAAGUAAGAGGAGCACUGAAAGAAAUGCCAGUGGAUCCCCUCUUAUGGAUUUAAAUCUCGGACUGAAGGUAUCUCUGAGAGAAGUUCUUUAUGCCACAAGGAAUUUCGACGAAGAAUUGGUUAUUGGAAAAGGUGGUUUUGGCAAAGUCUAUAGAGGAAUUCUCAGGGAUGGAACUAAAGUGGCUGUCAAAAGAAGUGAACCAGGACGAAUCCAGGGAUUCUCCGAGUUUCAAACUGAGAUAAUGGUCUUAUCGAAAAUCCGGCACCGACAUCUAGUUUCCUUGAUCGGGUACUGUGAUGAUAGAUCGGAGAUGGUACUUGUGUACGAGUUCAUGGAGAAUGGGACACUGAAAGAUCAUAUUUACAGUUCAAAGGGAGAGGCCGAAAAACGAACUCCUGAAUCGAGGUUAUCCUGGGAGAAAAGGCUUCAGCUAUGCAUCGAUGCAGCAAAAGGGCUGCACUAUCUUCACACUGGUAUAGGUGGAGCAAUCAUACACAGGGAUGUAAAGUCAACAAACAUUCUGUUAGAUGAGCAUUUCGUGGCAAAAGUUGCCGAUUUCGGUAUCUCAAGGUUAGGCGAACUUGAUCAAACUCAUUUCAGUACUGAAGUUAAAGGCAGCUUUGGUUAUUUUGAUCCAGAAUACUUCACAUGCCUUGUAUUAACUGAGAAAUCCGAUGUUUUCUCUUUUGGGGUCGUCCUCCUUGAAGUGUUAUGUGCAAGACAAGCAGUUGACAAUACGCUUCCAGAUGAGCAAAUAAACCUUGCAGAAUGGGGAAAGUGUAGUUUAAUGAAAGGGGAACUUGAAAAGAUCAUUGACCCUUUCUUAAAGGGAAAAAUCAGCCCUGAUUCCCUAAGAAGGUUUGGGCGGAUUGUGCAGAAAUGUUUGCAGGAUCGGGGCGCCGACCGGCCUAAUAUGGUUGAUGUGCUGUUCCAACUGGAAUACGCAUUGAAGCUGCAACAGACUGCGUUGCCAUGGCAACCAAAUGAAAGCAGCAAUUCCGAAGUUUCGUUUAAUCUGCCAAUGCCUUUGAUUGGGAAAUUGCCUUCUUUCAGCGCUGCAAUAAGUGAAUAUGAAAUGGAGGAUUCAGAUGCUCUUUUGAACGGGAGCAAUAAUCACACGGGAGCAAUAAUCACAAUGCAGGAGCCUAGAUGAUCCUCAUUUUGCAGACAUUUUGUACACCUUCUAGCUUUGCAGGAUUUGUCAUUUAUGCAUUUUUGCUACUUUUGUAAAUGUGGGUCAGUAGACGAAUAACAACCAUUUAUCUUAUUCCGAAACUUGGCCUGAUCGUUCAUGACAAAAAGUUUGCGUUCUCCUCGUGUUCGAGGAUCGAGGAAUAUUCUUAUGAUAUGCAACUGAAACAAGUUCUUGCUAAUGGUAAAAAAGGGGGUUUAAAUGUAGGGUUGUUCUUAUUUUACC